UCCACGUUACGUAGCUCGGCAGUCUCGGUGAACGACACGGUCUUGCUUGAAUACCACGAUGUCAACUACUCCCCCAAAACAACAAAACCCCGUCGGUGGCCUAGGCCGUCCUAAAAAGUCUUCUACUGAAAAACGCUCAACAUCCAUCGCAAAGGCUGCUAGAAGAAGGGUCACUUCUUCUCGACGACAACGGGAUGCUCGCUUGACAAAAGUCAUUGGUCAAGCCAACGUAAAACGAUGGACGAUGAUGAGGGAUAGACUCACCGGUGACCGUGAUGACACCAUGAAUGAUGCAUUCUUUGCCAGAAUUUUAAUGGACAGGUAUGAGACGACAUCACUGCCUACUACAGGCCGACAUGCAUCCACUCCAGCAACUCUAGGCCAUCAUCAGCGUUUUCCCUCCAUUUCUAGUGUCCACAGCAACAGAAGGUAAAAAAUGUUAGUCCAUGAUCAGAGACAGUUGUCUAGUCUUCAUAUUUACAAGCCCAUCCUUUCAAUUGAAACGAGUCAGUUUUAAAACUUUGAACAUUCAACAAAUAAGGUCAGCCCAAACAAACGGCAAGGAUCUUUUUUAAUAUUUUGCAUUUCAUAUUG